AUGGACAACAAUCAGGGAGGUGGAAACACGUCAAGCGACUUUGUUCGCAAGUUGUACAAGAUGUUGGAGAGCCCACAGGACGAGAGCGUAGUACGAUGGGGCAACGAAGGCGACAGUUUUGUCGUCCUCGAGGUGCGCAUGCCGACUUCAUCAACACACCGAGGCUUUGCUAAUCAAACGGCCUGCAGNAACGAGAAAUUCACAAAGCACAUCCUGCCCAAGCACUUCAAACACAGCAACUUUGCCAGUUUCGUGCGUCAACUCAACAAAUACGACUUUCACAAAGUCCGGCAUAACAAUGAAGAGGGCGGCGUGUCUCCCUACGGCGCUGGUGCGUGGGAAUUCAAGCACCCUGACUUCAAGGCCAACAACAAAGAUGCCCUGGACAACAUCCGAAGAAAGGCGCCUGCGCCGCGCAAGCCCAAUGCCAUGAUGGACGAUAUGAUGCCCACUCAGCAGAUGGAUCUUUUCAACACACAACUCGUCGCGACGCAGCAGCAAUUGCAACAGUUGCAAGAGCGCUACAACGAACUCAGCAUGCACCACUCGAUGCUCCUCCAGGAACUGAUUGGUGUCCAGAAGACAGUCGUCAACCAUGAGCACGUUAUGCAAUAUGUCAUGAAUUUCCUGCAGUCGGUCGAUGGCCAACGACGAAGAGAAAGUCGUGUCGCCAAUCCCUUUGCGCCACCAGCUACCGGUGCUGCCAAUGGCAAGCAACUCCCCCCUGCGCCUAUUCCAGAGGAUGAGCCGGCAUCACCACUGCAACACGCCGCAAAACUACUCUCAGAAACCAAUGCCGACCAUAUCCUGAAUACGCGUAACCUCGAACACAUGAAUGAAAUGUCGUUGAGGAUGAACCCGGCUCUUACUACACCUCCUCCGGAUCUGGCUCUGCGAACCGGCGCUAGGAUAGCCAGAGGCGGCCACAACGGUCCCCAGUCUGCUGCAUCGUCUACAUCCAUGUCUUAUGGUGAACUCGACAACCUCGUAUACCCUGUCGGCCAAACAAAUGGCAUCGAUCCCAUGUUCAGCGAGCACAUUCACAACAUUCCCUAUGCAAUGCCGACAAAGGCCCCCGAACCCGCACCUGCACCGCCCGCAGCCGACGGCAGGAAGAAGAGCAUGCAAUAUGACCCUGGUUGGGCUAGACAGCCUCAAGUGCUACUGGUUGAAGAUGACCAGACUUGCAGGCGGAUAGGCGGCAAGUUUUUGUACGCUUUCCACUGCGCUGUCGACAGUGCUAUGAACGCCGGCGCAAAGUACGAUCUCGUGCUGAUGGACAUCAUCAUGCCCAACCUUGACGGUGUUUCCGCUUGCCAUCUGAUCAGACAGUUCGACAACACACCAAUCAUCGCCAUGACCUCAAACAUCCGUAGUGACGAUAUCGCAAUGUACUUCCAGCACGGCAUGAACGAUGUGCUUCCCAAACCUUUCACAAAGGAAGGAUUAUUGAGCAUGCUGGAGAAACACCUUGGUCACCUCAAGAAGUCGCCCUCCGCGAUUGAUGGAGUAUCAGGACCACCNCCACCUCUUGUUCAAGUCGCCGCNAAAAACGCACUGAAAGCUGAAGAGUCACCUGCUACCUCGCCAGCUACUAUCAGCAACUGGACAUCACCUGGAACCGGUCUAGGCAUGUCCCCAGCGGCCAGCGACGCCGCUGGAAACGAUUAUAAUAUGGGAGUCUCCGGUCACCCGUCAGCCCCAUACCACGUGCAAGUUGGCAUGCCUCCACCAGGCAUACCUUCACAAGUCGGGUACGGUGGUUCGCCCCGUGGUAUGCCGCCAGGUCUUGGGCCACAACCAGGUGGCCCACACAGACGCCAAAUAUCUGACAUUUCGGGCGGGCCUGGUGAUGUUGGAGGCGAUGUCAAGAGACAGCAAAUGUUCGGUCCGCCCCAGCAUAUGCCGCCACAUAUGGGACCAGGCGUACCAAUGGGACAGCCUGUGCAAAAUCCGCUCAACCCGAUGCAUAGAAGACCGGCUACCGAAAUCAUGGCACCACCUGAACGCUCAUUGAGACAAGAGUGCGGGUUCCUCCAUCAGAGAGUCAGCACUCUUGGGGCAGCUACUCAGUUUCAUCUCAACCAACUCAAAAAGCAAGUCCAGACUCUCGAACAACAGACACAGACUCUUGCACGGCAGAACCACGCACUCGAACAGCAGAACCAUGCGCUUGAACAACGUAUUCACGCUUUGGAAGCAUCAAACAAGGCUUUCAGGGCUGUGGACCCUCUUGCUGCAGAGCUAGACUCGACAGGCUCGGUUUGGCUGGCUGAAAGCACAGCAGAAGAUCUUCCUGCAGGAGAGAACCCCGAAGAUCUUUCUCCUAAGCAUGUCUCGAGAGAUGACAUCCCUUCGCCUAUUCAGCAGCGAGAUUCACCUGUACCUGCCAUCGACUCUGCUGAGCACCUCUUUUCGCCAGUCCACCAGCAAAACUCACCUACACUUACCGUAAACAAUACUCAGAGUACUGAAUACAGUGUCUGGUACGAAAACGGCACUUUGACUAGCGACGCCCCUCAGCACCUCCUCAUCACACAAGACUGGCAGAAUCUCCUCACCACCUUUGCCAACACUCGCACUUUCUUCGACGAAAAGGACGCACACUGGCAUCUCACCACCAACACCAACGUCUGUGUCAGAGAAAUCGCCCAGAAGACCAAGAAAAAGACAGAGUGGACUGUAGAUGCAUCAGGCGAGUUCUGCUGCAAGAGAUGCUUUAACACACAGAGAGUGUGCUUGAAGUACAAUGAGGAGUCGCAGCGAUUGGAGGCACUUCCCUUGCCCGAGGAAGCUAGACCUGAAGGUGCUGCGCUGGGGGUUGAGUGGUUUGUUGCUGCACAGCCUAAUCUGAGCAAUAAGGCUGGGUUCAAGGGAUUGUGGUGA